AGAUUUCUCGCUGAUGGUACCGUUGACGAAAAGAAUUCGUUAUGGCAGAUUCCAAUUACGAUCUCCAUAUCAUCUAAACCGGAAAAAAUAAAAGAAAGGAUUCUGCUGAAAGAAUUUGAGCGAGAUGUUACGAUUAAUGACGUGGAUCCUAAAGACUGGAUAAAGCUGAACGUUGGAUCUACGGGUUUUUAUCGUGUUUUAUAUUCACAUGAUAUGCUACAAGCGCUUUUGCCUGAUUUUUCAACUAAAAAGAUCCCCGUACUUGACCGAUUUGGCAUUGCAAAUGAUAUGUUUGCACUG